AUGUCCACUGCUAAGCGUGGCGGAGGAGCCAAGAAAAAGAGCUCCGACGAGUCAAAAGCAGUGGAUGAUCCUCGUAGCGAGGAAAUCUCCGGCACAGGUGACAAAACGUCAUCUCGCGGCGAGGAAGUUACGCCUCCAAAGCCACCAAGUGCGGGAUUUACGGCACGCGAAGGCGCCAAUAAGUUACUGAAUCUCGCGCUAAAGGGCGAAUGGCAAGGUGUCGAAGCUGUCGUGAAACAACUGGAGAAAGCUGUCGCGAAUGCAAAUGACGAUGCAAAGCAGCCACUCGCAAAUGUGCUCGAUUUCGGCACGGGCAUGACGCCACUCAUGAUGGCUGUGAAGGAAAACAAGACAAGCAUAAUUGAUCGUCUAAUCGAGCUUGGAUCAGAUGUCGGUGCCAGAAGUAAUGACAAUUAUAAUGUACUGCAUAUUGCGGCAAUGUUCUCAAGGGAGGAUGUCGUCAAACUACUGCUGACGAAACGUGGCGUGGAUCCUUAUUCAACUGGCGGAACGCGACUUCAAACGCCAGUGCAUUUGGUAGCAAGUCGUCAAACAGGAACUGCUACCUCGAUUCUGCGAACGCUUCUUGCGGCCGCUGGAAAGGAUAUCCGUUUAAAAACAGACGCUCGCGGAAAAAUCCCGUUACUCCUGGCUGUGGAAGCUGGCAACCAGUCUAUGGUCAGAGAGCUGCUCUCAGCUCAAACGGCGGAUCAAUUGAAAGCAACAGAUGCGAAUGGCGACACACCAUUACAUUUGGCAGCACGUCGACGAGAUGUCGAUAUGGUACGGAUAUUGGUCGACUAUGGCACGAAUGUGGAUUCACAAAAUGGAGAGGGUCAAACGGCGUUGCAUAUAGCAGCGUCUGAAGGAGAUGAGCAGUUAGUCAAGUAUUUCUAUGGGGUGAGGGCUUCUGCGGCGAUUGCUGAUAAUCAAGAUCGUACUGCAAUGCAUUUGGCAGCGGAAAAUGGUCAUGCAACGAUCAUUGAAAUCUUAGCGGAUAAAUUUAAAGCAAGUAUUUUCGAACGUACCAAAGAUGGAAGUACCCUCAUGCAUAUCGCUUCGCUCAACGGUCACGCGGAUUGUGCCAUGAUGUUGUUCAAGAAGGGCGUUUAUCUGCACAUGCCGAACAAAGGAGGCGCCAGAAGUAUUCACACUGCUGCACGAUACGGUCACGUUGGCAUCAUUAACACGCUGCUGCAACGAGGCGAAAAAGUUGAUGUGACGACAAACGAUAAUUACACUGCCCUACAUAUUGCCGUGGAAUCGUGCAAACCGGGUGUGGUUGAGACGUUGCUCGGUUUUGGAGCGGAAGUGCAUGUCAGGGGUGGCGACAAGAAGGAAACUCCGUUGCACAUUGGGGCGCGUGUCAAGGAAGGGGCUCGGUGUGCUCUUAUGUUACUCAAAUCAGGUGCCAAUCCAAAUAUUGUUACCGAAGACGGGCAAUCGCCGUUGCAUGUCGCCGCGAAAUACGGUAACGAUGAGACAUUAGACUUGUUGCUCGAAGAUGGCGGAGACGCCUUGUUACAAUCAAAUAUCGGUGAAACGCCCCUCCAUCUCGCAUGUCGUCGAUGUCAGCCAAUAAUUGUAGAAAAGUUGAUCGAAUGGGUCAAAGACAAGCAUGGACCGGAAGUUGCGGCGCAAUAUAUCAACACCGUCAACGAAGAUGGAGCAACAGCUCUUCAUUACGCGUGUCACGUUGUCAAAGAUGAAGUUGUUGUCCCCAACUCUGAUCGCGAAAUCGUCAAAAAACUGCUUCAAAAUGGCGCCGAUGUCUCACUCCAGACAAAAACCACGGCAGAAACGUGUUUCCAUUAUUGUGCUGUUGCCGGCAACAACGACAUCCUCACAGAAAUGUUAUCACACAUGACAGCAACCGACAUCCAGAAAGCAAUGAAUCGUCAAUCGGGCGUCGGAUGGACCCCACUACUGAUCGCUUGUAAUCGAGGGCAUAUGGAGUUCGUCAAUAAUCUGCUGGCAAAUCAUGCAAGAGUUGACGUGUUCGAUAACGAGGGUCGAUCCGCUUUGCAUUUGGCUGCCGAACAUGGUUUCCUGCAAGUUUGCGACGCACUUCUCACCAACAAAGCAUUUAUUAAUUCCAAAUCUCGCGUUGGGCGAACAGCACUUCACUUGGCUGCGAUGAACGGUUUUACGCAUCUCGUUAAAUUCUUGAUUCGAGACCAUAAUGCCGUUAUAGAUAUUUUAACGCUGCGCAAACAGACACCUUUGCACUUGGCAGCUGCAAGUGGGCAAAUGGAAGUUUGUCGAUUACUGCUGGAACUUGGUGCGAAUAUUGAUGCCACUGACGAUUUGGGCCAGAAACCCAUUCAUGUCGCUGCUCAAAAUAACUAUUCCGAUGUGGCGAAGCUUUUUUUGACGCAACAUCCGAAUUUGGUAAUGGCGACGAGUAAAGAUGGCAACACUUGUGCUCAUAUUGCUGCCAUGCAAGGUUCCGUCAAAGUAGUUGAGGAGCUUAUGAAGUUCGAUAGGAAUGGCGUGAUAUCAACAAGGAACAAAUUAACGGAUUCGACGCCCUUGCAACUUGCUGCGGAAGGCGGGCAUGCGGAUGUCGUCAAAGCUUUGGUGCGUGCGGGAGCCUCCUGUACGGAAGAAAACAAAUCUGGCAUGACCGCCGUGCAUUUGGCUGCUCAAAACGGACAUGGACAAGUCUUGGAAGUCAUGCGCAGCUCAAAUUCGCUUCGAAUCUCGAGCAAAAAACUCGGAUUGACACCUUUGCAUAUCGCCGCGUACUACGGACAAACAGAUACGGUGCGCGAAUUGCUCGUUAAUGUACCUGCCACAGUGAAAUCUGAUCCACCAAGCGGAAUGUCUCUCGUACCUGAGCUGGGAACAGAGUCGGGAAUGACGCCGUUGCAUCUCGCUGCCUAUUCGGGAAACGAAAAUGUCGUCAGGCUGUUACUUAACUCGCCUGGCGUUCAAGUUGAUGCGGCAACAACCGAAAAUGGCUUCAAUUCGUUGCAUUUGGCGUGUUACGGAGGUCAUGUUUCGAUCGUCGGAUUGCUUCUGAGUCGUUCUUCGGAACUUUUACACAGCGUGGAUCGACAUGGGAAAACCGGUUUGCAUAUCGCUUCGAUGCACGGACAUUUUCAGAUGGUUGAAGUCCUGUUGGGACAAGGUGCGGAAAUCAAUGCGACAGACAAAAAUGGAUGGACUUCGUUGCAUUGCGCUGCGAAAGCGGGUCACUUGGAUGUUGUGAAGCUUCUGACGGAAUCCGGGGCUCAACCAAAGUCCGAAACGAAUUACGGUUGUGCUCCAAUUUGGUUUGCGGCAUCCGAGGGGCAUUACGAUGUCCUGAAAUAUCUCAUGCAUCGCGAACACGACACCUAUUCCCUGAUGGAGGACAAACGUUUUGUAUAUAAUCUCAUGGUUGUCUCGAAAAAUCACAACAACAAGCCGAUACAGGAGUUUGUAUUGGUGUCGCCAGCUCCCGUGGAUUGUGCUGCAAAGUUGUCCAAUAUUUAUAUUAUUCUGUCAACGAAGGAAAAAGAGCGUGCGAAAGAUCUUGUUGCUGCUGGAAAACAAUGUGAAGCAAUGGCAACUGAACUUCUGGCAUUAGCAGCUGGAGCAGAUUCCGCAGGACGCAUCUUGACAGCCACCGAUCGUCGAAAUAUGGAAUUUCUCGACGUUCUGAUAGAGAAUGAGCAGAAAGAGGUUAUUGCACACACAGUCGUACAAAGAUAUCUUCAGGAAUUAUGGCGCGGUAGCUUAACAUGGCCUGCUUGGAAACUCAUGCUACUUUUCAUCAGUUUCAUCCUCUGCCCGCCCGUUUGGAUCGUCUUCACGCUUCCCUUAGGUCAUAAGUACAACAAAGUCCCAAUCAUUAAAUUUAUGUCGUACCUCACCUCACACAUCUACCUAAUGUUGCAUCUCAUGAUUGUCGGCAUCACCCCAAUUUACGCCGUCGUUCGUCCCAGCUUGCUGCCAUAUUGGUACGAAUGGGGCCUUCUCGUGUGGCUUAGCGGAUUACUUCUCUUCGAACUGACAAAUCCGAGCGAUAAAUCCGGUUUGGGCAGCAUAAAAUUACUCGUGUUGCUGUUUGGCAUCGCUGGCGUCGGCGUGCACGUUUGCGGAAUGGUUUUUGUCGAGAAAAAGUACUGGCCAACGUUACUUUACUGCCGCAACCAAUGCUUCGCUCUGUCCUUCCUGCUGGCUUGCGUACAAAUUUUGGACUUUUUGUCGUUCCAUCACCUGUUCGGACCGUGGGCCAUCAUCAUUGGCAAUCUCCUGAAGGAUUUGGCGAGAUUUUUGGCUGUUUUGGCCAUCUUCGUGUUCGGUUUCUCGAUGCACAUUGUCGCGCUGAAUCAAUCUUUCAAGAAUUUGAGUCCUGAUGACAUACGACGAUUGUCGAGAACAGCAGCGGGAGCUCCUUACUUCUCCGAUGUUCCAAUGACACCCAUUAUCGCAUUUGAGCGUCUCUUUUUCGCCGUUUUUGGACAAACGUCGCCCGAUGACAUUAACUCGCAGCGCCAUUUGCGUCCCGAUUGGACCGAAAAUUUAUUUAAAAUCGUUUAUGGCGUUUACAUGCUGGUCUCCGUCGUUGUACUAAUCAAUUUACUUAUUGCUAUGAUGUCGGACACGUACCAACGUAUUCAGGCUCAAUCAGAUAUCGAGUGGAAAUUCGGAUUAUCGAAGCUGAUUCGGAACAUGCAUAGAACGACGACAGCUCCCGCUCCUCUCAAUCUCAUCACUACUUGGCUCAUGUGGAUCAUCGAGGUUUGCAAGGCUCGGAUAGCAAAGAAGAAACGCCCCAGUUUGAUGCAAAUGAUGCAUCUACAGCAAGGUAGACAAAGUCCCCGUUCUAAAGCAGGUGCUAAAUGGUUAUCUAAGAUAAAGAAAGACUCGUCCACUGCUUUAUCAGUUGUACAUUUGUCGCCUCUAGGAUCGCAAGUUAGUUUUUCGGCAGCAGCAACGACGCGCAUCGAAAAUGUCGUGGAUUGGGUGCAAAUUGCCAACAAAUAUCGCGCACUGAUGGGCGACGAGGAAGAUCGCAGCAGCAUGAGUCACGCCGACACGGAUCAGGAAUCGGGACACGCUGAUGGCGCCGCUCAAGUUGUUCGAUUAAAUCCAAUCACGUCAUUUGAAUUACUCUUCUUUGCUGUAUUUGGUCACGUGGUUACCGAUCAAACGAUUGUCGAUAAAUUUGAUGAAAACAGCAAGAACGAUCGAACGCAACCCGAGUGGUGUGACUACUUUUUCAAGCUGAUCUUCGGUAUUUACAUGUUGGUGUCGGUAAUUGUCUUGAUCAAUCUCCUCAUUGCUAUGAUGUCGGACACGUACCAACGAAUUCAAGCCCAAUCGGAUAUUGAAUGGAAAUUUGGAUUGUCCAAGUUGAUCAGAAACAUGUUUCGAACGACGACUGAAGCACCUCCGCUGAAUUUAGUCACGACAUGGGUCAAGUGGAUUUUCUAUAAUUGCAGCUCGUUUCAGCGGUAUCACGGAAAGAAUAAGAGAGUGAGACAAAUUGAGGUUACGCGGUACUUUGGAAAACCUGAUCCAAAAACAAAAGCAGCUGCUAAGUGGCUCAAAACUACGGAACAAGCAGCAAAAGCACGUCAAGAAUCUGUCGACGGUUCUACUGUCAAUGUAAAAGGCAAACCCAAUCGUUUUUCCGAGCCAGAAGCCAAAAAAGUCUCAAUUGAAAAAGUAAUCGAUUGGCUAAUGAUCGCCAACAAGUUCCGCGAGAUCUCCGGCGAUGAAGAAUAUCUCGAAAACAUGCAGAACCAAGAAACGGAAAACGAUGAAAACGUAGAAGCUAGAGUAGCAGCUGCCGCCGCCGCUGCAGCAGUUGGAGCUGUUGUCUAA